AGAGUCAGAGUGAGUGAGUGAGUGAGUGAGUUGGUGGGUGACGGCUGCUUCUGUUUAGUCGAUGCUGGAUCUCACUGUUCGGCAGAGGGAGGGUUCAAGCAGCGCGCGAGGAUACUCCGUCGACCGACGUUGUUAUGUGAUCCUUAAUCAGAAUGUGGACAAGCUUCUUCGUGAAACGUGCCAAUUAUGGCGGAAACAAAUGUCAUUUUGUGUGUGAAUUAGGAUUCUUAUAAAUCUUUAGUGGACAUGGGUAUCUUUCAGAAGAAACGCCGAGCGCUCAGCGAGACUCCUGACACCCUGUCAACGCAGCCACAGGUGUCUCAGAUAACGGGCGAGCAGAAGCAAGGAGGCAUGGACACGCGAAAAAUACAAGAAAACAUAUGCUACGAUUUUCGAUUGUUGCCGAAACGUCAGCGAGGUGAGGACUGAGGCAGAUCUUGACGUAGCGCUCAUGGGUUAGACACUAAAACGCUGCGCCCAUUUCGUGAAGCUGAAGACUGUCGGCCGGGUCUCUGUGGGCAAGAAGCAGCAUGUCAUAAACUACCGAACAAAAACUACACAUGCGUGUGUCCGCACGACGGCUCAGAGCCCACGAAGGAUCUCAAGUGUCCCAACAGGAUGACAGUUGCUGCCACGCCUAAGCCCAUUCACAUCGGCAUCCUGAUACCACCGAGUGGAGCCAACUCCACGGCCCGUAACCAGACGCUAGUGCAGCAGCCUGAUAGAACGAUUCAAGAGGAUAUGCUACCCUCUACAAACAGCCUUGUGAUAGGGAUGCUGGGACUAGCACUGCUGGCAGUAACUGUCUCGGUCACCGUGUGUCUCUGGAAACGGAAGGAGAUAAGCAAAUGUGUUACUCGGAGCGGAAAAUCUCGUCAGUCAUCAUCCGGUAGUCCAUCCCCUCUUAGUCUCAGCAAGGGAUUGCUGGUGCCUAAUCGCUACACCCCCAACCCCCAGUACAGUGCAUGCGCGAUCCCUGACACUGUGCUUGUGCCUCAGCUUCCUAGAGACACACUCUGCUUCCUCCAAGAAAUUGGCGAAGGAUGUUUUGGCAAAGUGCACAAAGGCGAGCUGCGGAGAGAAGAUGGCCAACAGCCGGAAAUCGUGGCUGUCAAAGUGCUGAAGGAGUCGGCUACCCGCGAGGCAGAGGAGGAUUUCAUGAGAGAGGUGGACAUCAUGAGUGCCUUCAGGCACUGCAACAUUUUGUCUCUCAUAGGCGUUGUCCUCAGAGACGCGGGAAACAGUCCCUGGAUGGUGUUCGAGUUUAUGCCACACGGUGAUCUGGCAGAAGUUCUCCGAAGCAACAGCCGACAGCUUUGGAAACCCGUCCCCGGUCUCGCGCCUCUUACAAAAGAGUCACUGCUGUCAGUAGCUUUGCAGAUCUCGUCGGGUAUGCAGUACCUGGCAGCACAGCGCUUCGUUCAUCGUGACCUGGCAUGCCGGAAUUGUCUGGUGGGUGCAGGGCUAUCCGUAAAGAUUGCAGACUUUGGCAUGAGCCGGGAUGUUUACACAUGUGACUACUAUAAGAUUGGCGGUUCCCGGUUGCUGCCUGUCAGAUGGAUGUCACCUGAAAGUGUCAUGUAUGGGCGGUUUACCCUAGAAUCUGAUGUAUGGUCAUAUGGGGUCGUCCUCUGGGAGAUAUACAGUCUGGGAAAGCAACCAUACUAUGGCCAGUCAAAUGAAGAGGUAGUGAAGCUUAUUCUACAAGGAAUUAUGCUGAUCCCUCCAGAGGAUUGUCCUCAGGUCAUUUGGGAUCUCAUGCGUUCCUGUUGGAAAACAGAACCUAGAGACCGAAUUCGAUUUGGAGACAUCUAUGCCCGUCUAAAGAAGGCCCAAGAAGAAGCACAGGAGUCUUCUACCAACACAUCAAUGCCAUUACCACCUCCAAUGCCAUUAUUUCCACCACAACCACAUCAGCAGUUUGCAUCACCAUCAUUAUCAUCAUCAUUCUCGUGUACCCUCGAAUCAGAUCCACUACCAAGACCUCCCAGAGUGUUCCCAUUACUGAACUUGAGCACCAAAGCAGUAGAACUGUUAGACAGUGAAAACUACUUGCUGCCACAGAUACCUCCUGCAUCAAGGUGUGAAUACUUGCAACCACUACCAGACUGAUGACCCGUCAUCAGCCCCACAGUGCUGUCAUCUCCCACUAUUCCUAGUCGAAUGAAAUGUCCGUGUGUGGUGUUGCAAAUCAGAGUGAGAUGUAAAGAUAUUCAGAGUUUAUACUGAAGGUGUGAACUGUGCCAUAUCACAUUUCAUAAGUAAUUAACUAAGUGCAACAGAGAAACGAUUUUAAGUUCUUAUCUUUAUAAGCCACAAUGAGAGCUCUCAUAAACAUAGUCUUUGUCUCUCAGUGCAAUUUAUGCUGGAAAUUAUGUAAUAAACAUGUUUAUUGACUGUGUUCAUCUGUGGAGUAACAUCAUAUUCCUGGUUCACACAGCAUUUUGGAAACCUGACCAGAUAAAAUGGGAAUUGGGAAAUCUGCCACCCCUCCCAAUGUAAGGACAGUAAGUACUGACAAUUUACUUUUUUGUAUUGUCCAAGAAACAAGUAGAUGUAAUCUCAUUUGCCAGACAGAAUUUUCAAUUAAAUUAUGUAAUUUCCACCUUUUGUCGCAAAAUUUGUUUAUAAUGGAUAUACAUUUUGAUUUUAUUUGGCUUCCAGCAAAGUUGACACAAUUUUCUGCUGCAAAAAGGCUGUGUGGUUCUCAUUAUUAAGUCUAUCUCCUGAUGGAACCUUGAACAGAAAAUGAAGAAAACUACUGAUUUCAGCUACAGAUAUCAUCACUUUGUUUCAGGAACUAAUAGUAUGGAUAUACUUAUACCAUGACAACUGAAGCCAUGGCCAAUACUGGUAUUAUUAUCAAAAAUAUUUUGUUUUUAAAGUUGUCUAUUUUCGGUUUAUCUUGUGACAUAAGGUGAGCAAUGACAGUACAGUACUGUGAAGUAAACAUAUUUCAACAUUUAAACAUGCUUCAGUCUUCUAUGUUUCAUGUACAGGUGGGAAUAAAAUUAAUAAAACCCAUGUCUAGUAACUAGUUGUAUUUGUAAGACUACUGCAGACCAUUCUAAUGAUAUAACAAUUAAUUUCACUGUAUAGCUCUGCUCAGCCAUUAAUUUUCAUGACAGUGCACCUAUAAUAAUAUUUCAAAUAGCUUGAAAAUUUUACAAAACCUGUGCCACUUCUUCAUACAGUUCUGGUCAUACUGCUGGAAAUACAUUAAAGUUACAAUUAACUUUGUUCUAUGUAAUGAAAUGUGCCAGCACUGUAUAUCCAUGUAAUUAACAUAUUGAUGCAUUUACUAACUGUCCAACAUAUUCGCCAUAUUGCUAGUAAAUAUCUAAGGAUAAAAAUGUUUCACAUUUGUGUAAUUUUAUUGCUGUCAACUGUUGGCCCAAUAACUUUAAAAAACACACAUAAAUAAAUAAGACAGACAAAGAAAUUUAAACUACUGCCAGUAUGGAAACUGCUAAGAUGUUAACACAUGAUAAAGUACCAACAUGUUACUUUAUUAUGCUCAUACAGCUACACAGAUAACAGAAAAUUAUGUACUAUUUAUGGUAACUUAAGAUGGAUGGAUGUUAAGGAAAAGAUCAGUGUUAUAAAAUAAACUUAGUAAGUUUUCCUAUGAAGUAACACUGAUAUGCAUAUAACAAAUACUGACCUUUUAUUUAUGUUGAAGCUUCUUUGACAAUGUCACAGAUUAACUGUACUUCAGUCACACAGAAAGAAAAAUCAUUAAGAAGCUGACAACACAUGCUCAAAAUUUUGUAAUAUAAAUGAACUAACAGUUCUUCCUAUAAAGAGACACUGAUGUAUAAGUGGCAAAUAUUGAACUUCCUUAUGUUGGAGUUUCCUGGACAGUAUGUAAAAGGACUACCAAUGUCAGUAAACAACUGUACUCAUACAUUUGUAAUAUGAUGUUGCAAGUUCAUUAAAGAUAUAUUGUCAGAGGUUUUGGAAAUUUGAGAAUAUAUAGAACAAUUCUCUUUCCAGUAUUUUGCCUAAACACAUAAUCCAUGAUUCUGUGCCAGAAUUCACUACCCUCAGACUUAAAUGCAUCAAACAUCUCUGCAUGAAUGACUGUUUAAUAAAAACUAACAAAUUGUCUAUGUCACUUGAUGUUACAAUUAUUGUUUCAUGUAAAACUUCAUUUAAAGAAUACUUGAGUCACUACUGAUGUUUGUGUUUUAUUUUGGUUGGUAAUUUAUGAAUAAUGGACAUGAAAAUAGACACAAAUGUAUCACAGAUAUUUUGGAUUGAAAUUCCAGGAAUAAAGAUGAUUAAAUAUGUAUGAAUUUA